CAGAGUUCAUAAACCCUACUUUCUUCCUCUUCUUCUUCUUCUUCUUUCUUCAGUCGAAUAGGUUGAGGAACACUAGAGUACUACCAUGUCUCUGAGCUAAACGAUGAGGCUCAUUCUAUUCACAUUGAACCUUUUCCUGAAAAUGUUCUGUUCUCUUCGAAACUUUAUUCACAUUAAUCGCAGAUUCCCUCGCCAUGUAAGCCCUUGUUCUUCUUCUCUCUCUCAAAUUCAAUCCCCUCUCUGUUUCCCUCUAUCUUCUCCCUCUCAAACUUCCUUUAUCUCUUGCCCUUUCGUUUGGUUCACUAGCUUUCUCUGUAUCAUCCGAUACCCUUUCGUUAGCAAAAGCGGUGCUUCUACUUACUCCGAAGAUUUUGAUAGAGAUUGGAUCCGUAAAGCUGUUCAGAAUGAUAUGUGGGAUGAUCCCGGAUUCGAAAAGCUUUUUCAUUUGACAUCAGCUCCGAUUUGGGUUCCGAGGGCUCUCCUUGAAUUGAAACAAGACCCGAAAUUAGCUUUCAAAUUCUUCAAAUGGUCGAUGACUCGUGAUGGGUUUAAGCACACCUUAGAAUCGUACUGUAUAGUAGCUCACAUUCUGUUUUGUGCUAGAAUGUAUUAUGAUGCUAAUAGUAUCCUAAGAGAGAUGGUUUUGUCUAACAAGGCUGGCGAAUUUUCGGAAUGCGAUGAUGUUUUUGAUGUUCUGUGGUCUACGAGGAAUGUGUGUGUUCCUGGUUUUGGAGUGUUUGAUGCUUUGUUUAGUGUUUUCAUUGAUUUAGGAAUGCUUGAGGAAGCUAUACAGUGUUUCUCUAAGAUGAAGAAAUUUAGGGUCUUCCCAAAAACCAGGUCUUGCAACGGUUUAUUGCAUAGGUUUGCUAAAUUGGGGAAGACAGAUGGGAUGAAGAGAUUUUUCAAAGACAUGAUUGGUGCUGGUGCGAGACCGACUGUGUUUACUUACAACAUAAUGAUAGAUUGUAUGUGUAAAGAAGGAGACGUAGAAGCUGCUAGAGGUUUGUUUGAAGAAAUGAAGUUUAGAGGUUUGAUUCCAGACACUGUCACAUAUAAUUCUAUGAUUGAUGGUUAUGGGAAGGUUGGUCGAUUAGAUGAUACAGUUUAUUUUUUCGAGGAAAUGAAGGAUAUGAGCUGUGAGCCUGAUGUUAUUACUUACAAUGCCCUGAUUAAUUGUUUCUGUAAAUUUGGGAAAUUACCUAGAGGUCUGGAGUUUUAUAGGGAGAUGAAGCGAAAUGGGAUGAAACCGAAUGUUGUGAGUUACAGCACUUUGGUUGAUGCGUUCUGUAAGGAGGGUAUGAUGCAACAAGCCAUCAAGUUUUAUGUUGACAUGAGAAGAGUUGGUCUUGUGCCUAAUGAAUAUACCUAUACUUCUCUCAUUGAUGCCAAUUGUAAAAUCAGUAAACUCUCAGAUGCCUUUAGGCUGGCUGAUGAGAUGUUGCAGGUGGGUGUGGAAUGGAAUGUGGUCACUUACACUGCACUGAUCGAUGGCCUUUGUGAUGCAGAGAGAAUAAAAGAAGCUGAAGAACUUUUUGAGAAAAUGGAUACAGCCGGUGUGAUUCCAAAUCUUGCAAGUUACAAUGCUUUGAUUCAUGGAUUUGUAAAGGCAAAAAACAUGGACAAAGCUUUAGAGCUUCUGAACGAAUUAAAGGGGAGAGGUAUUAAACCGGAUUUGCUGCUCUACGGAACUUUCAUUUGGGGUUUGUGCAGUUUAGAGAAGAUAGAGGCCGCUAAGGUAGUGAUGAAUGAAAUGAAGGAAUGUGGAAUCAAAGCGAAUUCACUGAUCUACACAACGUUAAUGGAUGCUUACUUUAAGUCGGGAAACCCCACUGAGGGUUUACAUCUGCUGGACGAGAUGCUAGAACUUGAUAUCGAGGUCACAGUUGUUACCUUUUGCAUUUUGAUUGAUGGAUUAUGCAAAAACAAGUUGGUUUCUAAAGCAAUUGAUUAUUUCGAGAGGAUAGCUAACGAUUUUGGUCUACAAGCUAAUGCGGCGAUAUACACAGCAAUGAUUGAUGGUCUCUGUAAAGAUAAUCAAGUUGAGGCUGGGACAACUCUAUUUGAACAUAUGGUCCAGAAGGGUCUAGUUCCGGACAGAACGGCGUACACAUCGUUAAUGGAUGGGAAAUUCAAGCAAGGGAAUGUGGUAGAGGCUUUGGCUUUACGAGACAAAAUGGUUGAGAUUGGUGUGGAGUUUAGAGCGAGGUUCGGAGAUCUCUGUCACCGUACGAUAAUCUCAGCGAUGGGAGCUAGGGUUCGAGUGCAGCAUUACAAUUUGGAAUCAGCUGAUUCCUACAUCGGUACUUCUCUCCAUGAUCUUAACUCCGUUGACGGUCCGCCGAGAGAUAUUGGUCCUAACGGAGAUACUUUGGAUAACGACGGCGAUUCUUCUUCCGCUGACUGUAUGCAUGAAUCAUACAGAAACACUAUGCAAAUCCACAAUGAAGGUGUUGAAGAAGGUGGAUCUCAUAUGGAGAACAAGGGACCUGUAGGAUCUGCUUACAACAUGUUAAGCGUUGAAGAUGUUUCGCCGAUUGAAUCAGCGCGAGGGAGAUUUCUGCAAAUCAUCUUAGACUACUUUAUUAACCAACAUGUGAUUGAAGUCUGUGAGAGCAAGGGUGAUCAUGAUACGGAUUCAGGAGAACGGGAUAGUGAUAAUAAAGUUAAGAGGAAGUCUGAUGAUACACGAUAUGAAGGUGAUCCGAAUUUUGCGUUACCAUUGAUGUAUAUUGCGAAUAUGUAUGAGACUUUAGUCGGUGAAGCAAAUGUGAGACUUGCUUCAUUGAAUGGAAUAAGGGAAAAGACCAUUGGGGUAGCUCUUGAAGCAGCAGGUGGCUUGUAUCGGAAAUUAACAAAGAAGUUUCCUAAGAAAGGUGCUUGCAUGUACAGGAGAAGAGAACUGGCAACUUCAGCUGAAACAAGGACAAGGUUUCCAGAAUUGGUAAUACAUGAAGAGAAACGAGUUCGCUUUGUUGUGGUAAAUGGUUUGGAUAUUGUUGAAAAGCCAGAUGAUUUGCCUAUUGAAGAUGCUGAAUGGUUUAAGCGAUUAACAGGCCGUAAUGAAGUGGCUGUCUCUGCAAGAGACUAUAAAUUCUAUUGCCCUCGACACAAGCAUAGGCGUGUUCAAAAUUCUGUCUCCAGGAUCCAUGGCUUGCCUACAUUUCCAAGUAUAGACUCUUCAACCUUAGCUAAUACACAAGGAUUUCGCUCCGUUAAUGAAGAUCAAAGUCAACAACAACACACUCCUUCCCCUUCCAAACAUCAUAUGUCAUCGUUGUCUCAUCAAUUUCACCAAUCUAUUCACCAGAGCAACCACCAUCAUCAAUCUAUUUACCAAGGUCAACACGCAACCACGCAUUUUCCCUGUCAGAACCAUCAAUGUGACACUGAACUAUCUCACACCCACCAGUCACCAUCUAUUUCACAGCACAUGGCUUGCUUGCAACCCCUCACUGGAGGCCAUGCAAUGCCAUCCACUCCGGCAAAGUUCUGCGACCAAUGUGGAGCACAGUACUUGAGAGAGACAUCCAAGUUCUGCUCAGAGUGUGGAUCCAAGAGACUCGGGAUGUAGUGAAUCUUUGCUCGAUUCUCAGGUUGGAAUCUCUUUCGAAGCAAAAAAAUUACAUUAAGUUGGUGAAAUCUUGAGCCAGUUUACUUGGCGUGGAAGUAGUUAACCUAAAAUUUGAUAUAAUGCAGAUGUGUUACGCUUCUAUGGUUUCGGCUAUGUAAAAUGUAUAUGACCAAAAAAAUGAUCAGUACAUGAAAUUAUUAGAAAAAGAUGUGUAUGGAUAGAGAUUUUGAUGAAUUGCAAAAGGUGUUGUAAUCAUUUAAACACAAACGAGUCAGUGUAAUGUAAAGAAAGCAUCUAUGAACUUAUGCAUUUUAUUUUAUUUUCGAAUAUAACA